AUGGGGUCCAGCAUCUUUUUACUCCUGUGUGUCAUUGGGCUCAGCCACGCGUCCACAGAGAAGAUUUUUAAUGGCACGGAGUGUGUGCCUCACUCGCAGCCUUGGCAGGUGGGGCUGUUCGAAGGUACCAACCUGCGCUGUGGGGGGGUCCUCGUCGACCGCAGGUGGGUCCUCACAGCUGCUCACUGCAGCGGCAGCAGGUACUGGGUGCGCCUCGGGGAGCACAGCCUCAGUCGCCUGGACUGGACGGAGCAGAUCCGGCGUAGCGGCUUCUCCGUGACCUACCCCGAGUACCAGGGAGCCCGGAGGAACCAUGAGCAUGACCUGCGACUUCUGAGGCUGGGCACCCCCAUCCUCUUGACCCGCAGUGUCCAGCCCCUGGCCCUUGCCACCAGCUGUGCUGCACCUGGCACGGAGUGCCACGUCUCGGGCUGGGGCACCACCAACCGACCGUGGAACCCCUUUCCCGACCGGCUGCAAUGCCUCAACAUCUCCAUCGUCUCCACUGCCGCCUGCCGAGCUGUGUUCCCCGGGAGAAUCACGGACAACAUGGUGUGUGCGGGCGGCAUCCCCGGGGAGGACGCCUGCCAGGGCGACUCUGGUGGCCCCCUGGUGUGCGGAGGCGUCCUGCAGGGUCUGGUGUCCUGGGGGUCCGUGGGGCCUUGCGGGCAAGGAGGCAUCCCGGGAGUCUACACCAACAUUUGCAAAUACGUGAACUGGAUCCGGAGGCUCCGGCCCAGCCUGCCCCAGCCCGCCCCAGCCCGCCGCCGCUGCCACCACCACCGUGGGCCCCGGAGCCCCAACCCCAGAGCCCAAGACCCCGGGGCCUGCCCUCUCCCCCUCCAGGCCAUGAGGAUUCUGCGAUUCAUCACACUUGCUCUGGUGACAGGGCACGUAGGGGGAGAGACCAGGAUCAUCAAGGGGUACGAGUGUCCUCCUCAUUCUCAGCCCUGGCAGGCGGCUCUCUUUCAGAACACCCGGCUGCUGUGUGGAGCAACCCUCAUCGCCCGUAAAUGGGUCCUGACAGCCGCCCACUGCCGCAAGCCGUGGUGCCUCUCGCCCCACCUCCUGUCUCCCCCCGCCCGCCCUGCCGUCUCUGACCACCACCUCUCCCACCUCAGCCAAUACACAGUCCACCUGGGGGAGCACAACCUCCAGCGGCCGGACCACUACACGCAGAUCCGAAUGGCCACUGAGUCCUUCCCCCACCCAGACUUCAACAACAGCCUCCCCAACAAAGACCACCGCAACGACAUCAUGCUGGUGAAGUUGGCAGCGCCGGUCUUCCUCACCCGCGCCGUGCGGCCCCUCACCCUGUCGUCCCACUGUGUCGCGGCGGGCACCCAGUGCCUCAUUUCCGGCUGGGGCAGCACGACCAGCCCCCAGUUGCACCUGCCCAACACCUUGCGAUGUGCCAACAUCACCAUCAUCAGUCACAAGGAGUGUGAGAACGCCUACCCCGGCAACAUCACGAACACCAUGGUGUGCGCCAGUGUUCGGGAGUCCUUAAAGGACUCCUGCCAGGGCGACUCUGGAGGUCCUCUGGUCUGCAACGGGUCUCUUCAAGGCAUUAUCUCCUGGGGCCAGGACCCGUGUGCUAUCACCAGAAAGCCUGGUGUCUACACAAAGGUCUGCAAAUAUGUGGACUGGAUCCGGGAGACAAUGAAGAACAAUUAG